GUGGUGUUCGAUCUCUCUAAAUGCCCACAAUGUAGCUCGUAUCCAGAGCUUCCCUUUUCACGACAAUAGAUCGCUUCGCGGGAUUUCUUUACCCUUCAUGGGUCGUCAAAACUCGGGUUCAAUGGUCGUUGGGAUAUGCAACGGCUUUCGAUCCGAGAUUCUCGCAAAAUGCUCUUUAUCGGAGGACGGCGGUGUAUAUCGACGGCUGUUAAGCCAAAGAAAGACCAAUUCCAGCGGGCCGCAGCUUUUCCACUGCCGAGCCUCAGCACUUUACUAAAGUUGCUCGACAAGCAUUAAGACAGCCGAGAGUUUUGGAUCCAUAUGUGCAUUGUACCUUGUCACUAUCAAAUGCCAUUGAUCAAUGUCUUCUGUGCUCGUGAUUGAGCAAACAGGAGAACGAGAUGAACCGGCGCCGCACAGCAUCGACGCC